UGAAGCUUGAACAACGCGACAACACCAAAGAGCUCGCAUUUGUGCCAUCUUCGCCAGUACCACCAUCGCCAUGCCCAUCUCUAUCUGUCUCGAUAGGAUCGUCCGCCUCGACAGUGUCGGUCUCCUUUCCUGCUACGCCUGUGGCUUCUCCCCCAUGGAGCAGCUGGAGGUUCGCACCGGGGAUUUCGAAGACGCUUCAUUGGUCAAGAACGCAUAUCGGGUUCACGAGAUCUCCCGGCCAGUACCUUCCGACCUAGACGUUCCAGAUGUUGCCUCGAACCUCAACCUUGGUCUUCUGGCCCCGUCUCCUCCCUGCCCAACCCCUCUCGCUCGCAGGUCGUCGAACCUUGUCCCGAUCUACGCCCCCUCUGCAUGCGGCCGUCAAGUCAGCCCGUCCCCCUCGCUGACGCACACGCCUGAUCCCUUCGGCGCAUUCGCGGAGUCAUACUUCGCAGAUGAACCAAAGGGAUCUGUCGUCCACGCCAAUGCAGUUCCGGAUCUGUACAAUUUCGACGUCUAUGCGCCGAGCUCGACGCCUCCCAGGCGUCAGCGGACCCGAGAGAAUAGGGAAACCCGCGAAGUCAACGCGACUGAGCGGCCAACGUUUGUGAGCAGUGUACUCCAAGUUCCAACCGGACAGCAAGACACCACUCACCCCGCAGCGCGCCAGGGACUAGACGAGAUUGCCUGCAAGGUUCCUGCAGAGAAUCGUAUCGAGGAUCCUCCCAAGCUACGAAGGCUCCUUUUGCCCGCGGCAUACGCCCUCUCAUGCUCCCUCUCCACGUCGCGAUGAGCGACUCAACCGCCGAUGCCUCUCCUGCUCUUCUGCAGCGACGUCCAGUACGAGAGGUAGGGGCCGCGAGGCCCCCGCUUCUUCUCGGGAAGCCUCCGGUAUCCUACCCGUCCCUUCGGAACCGGCCUUUACCCGCGAGCAGCGUCGCAGAUCUCGAGGACGGC